CUCCUCUCCUCUCCUCCUCCUUGAGUUACUUGACCCCUUCCACGGUUCCACCACCAACCUUGUAACCAUCGCGCGGCGGCAGGCACCGCAGCAUUCUCCCUCCCUCCCUCCCUCCCACAUACCAAGCUCCUCUCUGCUGGCACUGGCAGUGGCACGACACCUAUAUAUGCGUGCAUCCUACACCAGCCCCUCGUCCGGAAGCGUUUCCGUCCGGGCGCUAGCGGGCAAGCAAGCAAAACCACAGCGCCAGUGCCACCACGCGGACACCCAGAGAGAAGGGGUACGUGUGCCCGUUUGGUCCGUCACUUUCCUACAGAUACAGAAGCAGAGAGAGAGAGGGAGAGGGGGGAGACGCCGGCCAUUGAUGCUGUAGCAGCACAAGGAAGGGUCCAAGAAAGAAGGGGGGGAGGCGUGAGCAUGGAGGUGCUCGCCGGAGGAGGCCGCGGCCUCCUGCAUGCGGCCCUUCUCGUCGGGGCGCUUCUUGUUGCAUUGGCGGGCGGCGCGGAGGCGUGGGCGCCGCACCACGGCGCCGCCGGUGCCAGGUCCGGCGCCGAGCGGCGGUACAGGGAUCUCGCGGCCGGCAGGAUGGAGAGCGUCAGAUCCUCCUUCGGCAAGGCCAGGCGGGGGCUUGCCACGUCCUCGGCGACCUCGCGGGUGUACCACGUCACGGACUACGGCGCCGACCCCACCGGCACCACCGACGCCACGGCGGCCAUCAAGAAGGCCAUCGCCGACGCCUUCAGCCUCCCGUCCAACGCCACCAUGACCGCCGGCAUCCCCGACCUCGGCGGCGCCGAGAUCCACCUCGACGGCGGCUCCUACCUCGUCGACGGCCCCCUCACCCUGCCGGCCUCCGGCGGCGGCAACUUCAAGAUCCACAGCGGGUCGCUGCGGGCGUCGGCGGAGUUCCCGACGGACCGGUACCUAAUCGAGCUGUCGGCGGGGUCGUCGGCGCCGGCGUCGAGCUACCACUACGAGUACGCGACGCUGCGGGACCUGAUGCUGGACUGCAGCUACCGCGGCGGCGGCGUGGCGGUGGUGGACUCGCUGCGCGUCGGCAUCGACAACUGCUACGUCGCCCACUUCGAGACGGAGGGCAUCCUGGUGCGCGGCGGCCACGAGACCUACAUCCGCAACACCUUCCUCGGCCAGCACAUGACCGCCGGCAAAGACCCGGGGGAGCGCUCCUUCACCGGCACGGCCAUCCGGCUCGACGGCAACGACAACUCCGUCUCCGACGUGGUGGUCUUCUCCGCGGCCACCGGGAUCAUGGUGACCGGCGGCGCCAACACCAUCUCCGGCGUGCACUGCUACAACAAGGCGGCCGGGUUCGGCGGCACCGGCAUCUACCUCAAGCUGCCGGGGCUCACGCAGACGUGGGUCAGCAACUGCUACAUGGACUACACGAGCAUCGUGGCCGAGGACCCCGUGCUGCUGCACGUGUCGGGCUCCUUCUUCCUCGGCGACGCCAACGUGGUGCUCAAGGCGGUGCGCGGCGUGGCGCGCGGCGUGCACAUCACCGGCAACCUGUUCAACGGGCGCGACAAGGGCGUGGACACCGUGCAGCUGGACGGCGCCUUCGGGACGGUGGAGCAGGUCUACGUGCAGCAGAACUCCGCCAUGGGGAUGAACCUCAAGGCCACCACGGCGCGCGGGUCCGCCGACGGCAACGGCAGCUCAUGGACGGUGGACUUCGCGCCGGUGCUGCUGUUCCCGGACCGCAUCGGGCACGUGCAGUACUCGCUCGUCGCCGGCGACGCGUUCCCCGGGCACACGCUCAGGAACAUCUCCGGCAACCAGGUCGUCGUCGCCACCGACAAGGACGUGUCCGCCACCGUGCACGUGCUCGUCGACCAGAACAGCAACUGAGAAGAUGGAAAUGGCGGCGCGGUCGCCGCUGCUGCUGCCUGCUCGCGCUGCGCGGUGCGCGCGAGCGUGGCGUCAUUCGUUCGUUUGUUCCUAGAGAAAAUUACUGGAUUUGGCCGGAGAGGAUAAUACAGCUAUAGUGAUUGUUUGAGAAAAAUGAUUCAGAAUGGAUCAUUGGAACUCACCUUGCUCGUCCAGAAUGCGUCAAGAUCAUCAUGCAAUACUCCUGCUUGAUUAGUUGUGCCGAUUUAUAAUACUACUAAAUAAAUAAAGGAGACAUCGAGGCAUCAA